AUGUCGCGUGUCCAGCUGCUCUAUCGAGCCCUCCCUACCUCCAAAGCAACGGUCUUCUACCGCGAGGCCGGCGCACAGACCGCCCCGACCAUCCUCCUCCUCCACGGCUUCCCGUCAUCCUCGCACCAGUACCGCAACCUCAUUCCUAUCCUCGCGACAAAGUAUCGAGUCCUCGCACCAGACCUACCAGGCUUUGGGUUCACCACCGUCCCCGAAGGUUUCCAGUAUACCUUCGACAAUCUUGCGACGGUGAUUUCGGAGUUCUUAGACCAACUCAAGAUCAAGAAGUUCUCCGUGUACAUUUUCGACUAUGGUGCGCCCACCGGCCUCCGAAUUGCAUUGCAGCGCCCAGACGCCGUGCAGGCUAUCAUCAGCCAGAACGGCAAUGCAUAUGAAGAAGGUUUAGGCGCGUUCUGGGAUCAGAUCCGCGAGCUGUGGUACAGCAACAACGAGCCUAACGUCCGCGCCAAGCUUGCGUCCGCAUUGCUCAGUUUCGAAGCCACGAAAUGGCAGUAUGAGGAGGGGACGCAGGAGGAAAAAUUGCGAUCGCUUGCCCCGGAAUCGUACCAUCUGGAUUACGCCUUGCUGCAGCGCCCUGGUAACUCGGAGGCUCAGCUCGACCUGUUCUGGGAUUACCGAAAUAAUCUGCCAUUUUACCCCAGGUUCCAGGAGUACUUUCGAAAUUCGCAGGUCCCCUUGCUGGCUGUUUGGGGCAAGAAUGAUCAGAUUUUCAUCCAACCUGGUGCGGAGGCGUUCAGACGUGACUUGCCCGGUGCAGAAGUGGUCCUGCUCGAUGCAGGACAUUUUGCCGUUGAGACCGAGACAGCGGAGAUCGGCGAGUUGAUCCUGCACUUCCUGCACAAGAACAAAAUAUGA